AUGAACACCAAAGAUUUUGUAGUUCUUCCAUGGGGAAAACCUGGAAAUUCUGUAAAGCUAAAAUAUAAAAAUGCUCAAGAACUGCGAAUGGAGAAAGUACGGUUAGAGUUGGAGAACCAAGAGAUGGCAAAGAAGCUGGAAGAAUUCCGAUCAACAAUGAACAAACAAAAGGAAGAAAGAGAGUCAAGUGGAUAUCAUUGGAAAUCUGGAAAAGUGGGCAAAUUGGGUAAUCAAUCACACAUGAUGUCACAGAAUAGAAGAAAUUUUAUUAAGCUUUCUGCAGGAAAAGUGAAAUUAAAAUUAUUGAAGGAGCAGAUUCAAGGGCCAGUGAAACAACCAGUUAAUUAUAAAAUGGCAAAUUCUUUUGAAAGUGAAAAACCCAAGAUAAAAGGGAAAGUUUGUGGACAGUGUGAGAACAAAGCUGCUCUACUAGUGUGCCUUGAAUGUGGAGAAGAUUAUUGUUCCGGAUGCUUUGCUAAAAUUCACCAGAAGGGGGCACUAAGGCUCCACAGAACAACUCUUCUGCAGGCAAAAUCUCAAAUAUUAUCCAGUGUAUUGGAUAUUGCCCAUCAGUUUAUAAAGGAAGUUAAUCCAGAUGAACCCAAAAGGGAGAAUAAUUCUACAAAAGAAACCAGCAAAAGUCAGCAUAAACCAAAAUCUCCACUUCUGCAGGGGAGCAGCUCUGAGGUAGAAAUUACAACAACAAAAAAAGCAAAAUGUACAAAACCAAGAGAUAGGCUCUUGGGUGAAGGGUCAUUCGAUGAAGAAGCUUCUGCCCAGUCCUUUCAGGAAGCGUUAAGUCAGUGGAGAACCGGCAAUCACGAUGACAACGAGAAACAGAACUUACAUGAAGCAAAACCAGACCCAUUGGAAGAAUGUGAAGUACAGACUGAUCUGAAAAUUUGGAGAGAACCACUUAAUAUUGAGUUUAAAGAAAAUAGUCUAUGCUACAUGGAAAAAUUAUGGCUUAAAAAACAUAGGAGAACUCCACAAGAGCAACUUCUUAACAUGCUACCGGAUACAUUUAUACAUCCAUGUAAAAUCACUAAUGAGGCACAGCGUUCUCAAAAUGAAAAUGAUGAAGAUAGUGAUGGUGAAGAGAUCAACGUACAACAUCCAGAUCCUUUUCUGACAGUUGAAGAAUUAAACAUAGAGAGACCUGAACCAUCUCUAAAGAUAGUCGAACUGGAUGAUAUGUAUGAAGAGGAAUUUGAAGAACCAAGAAACAUUGUGCCUUACAAAGUCGAAUUAGCUGAUGCAGACGUUCAACAAAGCUUUCUAGAGGUAGGUGUCCCUGCUGCACUUUCUCUGCCCCCAACUGCUGCUAUUCUUUCAUCUGGAGGAUUUCCCCGUGCCCUCUCCUUAUCAUUAGGCCUGUUAGGGAAAAGAACAGAAACUUCAAGUGCAGAUUUUGACAACACUGUGGAUCCUGAUGUUUAUUCUUCUGAUAUUGAAAAAAUAGAGGAAAGCAGCAUCUUUGGAAGAAAUUUAAAAGAAAAAAGAAGCUCUCAAUGGAGUGUUGUCCUUUCUACUUCUCUUCUACAAGUGUUCAUCUUCAUAUUUUCUUACCAUUUUUCCAUUUCAAAAGACAGGGAAUGGAUCCCAGACCAUAGCAUAAGUGCACUUGCUGAUAAUGCAGUUGUUUGGGGCAUUUUGCAGAGUGCCCAGAAUCCAUCAUCAAAUGGAAAACAGCCAAAAACAGUCCAGAAAUCACAGAGACCUUCAACAGCAAAUUUACCACUUUCCAACUCUGUUAAAAAAAGCUCCAGCUGCCUUUCAUCCUCUCAUCUUCGAUCAAGAAGUGCAGCUGCUCGAUCAUUGUCUACAGCUGCUUCUGAAAUUUCAGAAAUUGAAUAUAUUGAUAUUACUGACCAGUACGAGCUUUUCUUAGAUGACACUGCUGACCAACAAACCUUAGACAGUUUGGAAAAAGAAUUAAAUGUACUGAGAAAUCUUUCAGAUCCUUCAGAAAAAAUUUACAGCCUAACCUCAGGAGAGUUACCAGCUUUCAACAACCAUUCGGGGAACAUAAGUCAGACUCCCACGGAUUUCCUUAACACCUCACGUGAGAGGGGUCCCUGUGGAGCUGAAGAAUUGAGCUCUUCUGGAAGAGAUACUGAAAUUCAGUCUUUGCUGUCGCUUUCUGAGAGCAGUACAGAUGAAGAGGAAGAAUUUCUUGACAAGCAACAUGUCAUCACACUACCAUGGUCAAAGAGUACUUAAUGAUUAUUUGUUCAUUACCUUUUCCAUUUUGUACUCAGAGUAAAGCAAACAACUGAAAAAAGUAACCAAGUGAUUACCUGUUUAGGUACAAGAGAUUUUGAUUAUUAAUGUCUCUGAUGUUUCAAGUCUUGACAACAAAUAAAAUUCAGUAAAAUUACAAGUU